GUGAACCCAUCAAUCAGCUACCCCACUUUCCUAUUCUUAAUCUUUCAGCUGUAUAAAUCAUCUUUCACCUCAUCAAAAUUUCCAACCAAACUUUACUUUAUAUUUCAUUUCAUUUUCACUUUCUUGAUUAAGAAACAUGGAUGAAUAUGAAAAUGGUAAUGAGGCAGAAUCCAAAAAGCUGCCUUCUUCAAGAUACAAGGGGGUCGUUCCUCAGCCGAAUGGAAGAUGGGGAGCUCAAAUAUACGAGAAGCAUCAACGGGUAUGGUUAGGGACUUUCACUGAAGAAGAAGAAGCUGCUAGGGUUUAUGAUAUUGCAGCGGUGAGGUUCAGAGGCCACAAUGCAAUAACAAACUUCAACGUUUCUUUUGACAACGACGAAGAUUAUCAUAUGGAGAAGCUUUUCUUGAGCUCUCAUUCGAAGGCGGAGAUCGUUGACAUGUUGAGGAAGCAUACGUACAAAGAGGAGCUCGAAGAGAGCAAGCAGAAUCAUGCAUGGCAUGGGACCGGGUUCAACCGGGAUCCGUUUGAGGAGACCCGGGAUUUGUUGUUUGAGAAAAUGGUGACACCCAGUGAUGUGGGGAAGCUAAACAGAAUGGUGAUACCAAAACAACAAGCUGAAAAGCACUUUCCAUUGAACACAGAGGUUGCUUCAAAGGGGGUGUUGAUGAAUUUUGAGGAUAAUUCAGGGACAAUAUGGAGAUUGAGAUACUGUUAUUGGAGCAGCAGCCAGAGUUAUGUGUUGACAAAAGGGUGGAGCAGAUUUGUGAAGGAGAAAAGCUUGAAGGCAGGAGAUUUUGUGUGCUUUUGGAGAUCAAAUGCUGGGCCGAUUCCAAGGCUUUUCAUGGAUACUAAGCCUAGAAAUGGGUCGGGUUCUGAUGAUCAAAUGGGGAACCGGAGUGAGGAACAGAACCCGGUUGGAGCAGUUGAAACAAUGAGUGAGGUUAGGUUAUUUGGUGUCAACAUUUUAGAUGAACCAAGUUGAUAUUAUGUUGUAAAUAAUUAUAACUAAUAUUAGAAGUAAAUUAGAGUGUUGUGAA